GCUGGUGUGGGCGGGGCGAGGGUGACUGGACCAGGGUGGCUCUGGCUGCUGUGUCUGCCUGGGGACUGAGAGGCGUGGCUGAGCCCCUGAGUGAGCGCCAGCAGGAAACCACUGCCUUUUUCUCUGCCACCACAGAUCCAAUUCAGCCUCCAGAUCCUGGCAGCCGAAAGGGCACAUCUGUCUGUGGAGGAUACACACAGAAAGCCUGAGCCAGAAUUACAAGUGCCAGCCCGGAGCUUUUGGGACAGGUUUCUCCGGGGUUAAAGAGGUGAAGCCUUUGGAAAAGAAAGACACUGAGAGUGGACCCAUUGGGUCAGCUGGUGGCCAGGGAGCUCAUGCUUCUGUCUUGGCUCACAGGAUUUGGGGCUGGACUGCUCUUCCUGCACUUCCUGCAGAAACUUCUGUUCCCGUAUUUCUGGGACGAUUUGUGGUUCCUGCUGAAGGUGGUGCGCUAUGGAAUUCAGAUGGAGAUAUACAAACUGAGAGGGGAGCUCGUCACCGUGCUGGAUAAAUUCCUGAGCCACGCCAGGAGACAACCGCAGAAAGCCUUCCUCAUUUAUGAGGGAGAUGUCUACACCUAUGAGGAUGUAGACAAGAGAAGCAACAGAGUGGCCCAUGCCUUCCUAGACCACUCCUCACUGAAAAGGGGGGAUGUUGUGGCUUUGUUGAUGAGCAAUGAACCCGACUUCAUUCAUGUGUGGUUUGGCCUGGCUAAGCUGGGCUGCGUGGUGGCGUUCCUCAACUCCAACAUUCGCUUCGAUUCGCUCCUACACUGCAUCUGCACCUGUGAGCCCACAGCGGUGGUGGUUGGCGGAGAUCUGCUUGGAAGCAUAGAAGAAAUCCUUCCCAGCCUCCCUAAACACAUUAGUGUUUGGGGAAUGAAGGAUUCUGUCCCACAGGGUGUAGUUUCCCUCAAGGAAAAGUUGAGCCUCGCCUCAGAUGAGCCAGUACCAACAAGCCAUCACGUCACCUCAAGUCUCAAGUCUACUUGCCUCUAUAUUUUUACCUCUGGGACAACAGGUCUACCCAAAGCAGCUGUGAUUAGUCAGUUGCAGGUGUUGAAGGGAUCUUUUGGACUGUGGGCUUUUGGCUGCACAGCUGACGACAUUAUUUAUAUAACCCUCCCUCUGUACCAUAGCUCAGGGGCUCUCCUUGGGAUUGGAGGGUGUAUAGAGUUGGGUGCCACAUGUGUGCUAAAGAAGAAGUUCUCUGCGAGCCAAUUUUGGAACGAUUGCAAGAAGUACAAUGUGACUGUGUUUCAGUACAUUGGAGAACUUUGCCGUUAUCUGUGCAAACAGCCUCAGAGAGAAGGGGAAAAGGACCAUCGGGUGCGUUUGGCGGUUGGAAAUGGCAUGAGCAGCGACGUGUGGAGACAGUUUUUAGACAGAUUCGGAAAUAUUAAAAUGUGUGAAUUUUAUGGCGCUACGGAAGGGAACAUAUGUUUCAUGAACCACACGGGGAAAAUUGGAUCAGUCGGGAGAGCAAACUUCUUUUACAAGCUUUUUUUUGCCUUUGAGUUGAUAACAUAUGACUUUCAAAAAGAUGAACCAAUGAGGGAUGAUGAAGGCUGGUGUCACCAUGUGAAAACAGGAGAACCUGGACUUCUCAUUUCUCGUGUACACACGAAGAAUCCCUUCUUUGGCUAUGCUGGUUCUUACAGGCACACAAAAAGCAAGCUGCUUUUUGAUGUUUUUAAGAAGGGAGACGUUUACUUCAAUACAGGAGACCUAAUGGUCCAAGAUCAUGAGAACUUCCUUUAUUUUUGGGACCGCAUUGGAGACACUUUCAGGUGGAAAGGAGAAAAUGUUGCAACCACAGAGGUCGCUGAUGUGAUCGGGAGGUUGGACUUUGUACAGGAAGCGAAUGUGUAUGGUGUGCCUGUGCCAGGUUAUGAAGGAAAAGCAGGGAUGGCUUCUAUUAUUCUGAAACCAAACAAGUCUUUAGACUUAGAAAAAAUGUAUUGCCAAGUUGUAACAUCUCUACCAGCUUAUGCCUGUCCACGAUUUUUAAGAAUUCAGGAUAAGAUGGAAACAACAGGAACUUUCAAGCUAAAGAAGAUGCAAUUGGUGGAAGAAGGAUUUCAUCCACUAAAGAUUUCUGACCCACUUUACUUCAUGGAUAACUUGAAAAAAUCUUAUAUUCCAUUGACCAAAGAAAUUUAUAAUCAGAUAAUGCUAGAGGAGCUUAAACUUUAAGAUUGUAUUCAUGGGACUUUGAUUCCUUCCUGGGAAAGAUGAAGGAAGACACAUGAGCUUCUUGAUUGACAUCCAGGGAGGGUUCCUUUCAUGGAUCAAUCAUAAAUUGAAAAUAUCAUUCACGAAGAGUGCAUUUGCUAUACCUAAGCUUUCAAGACAUGUACUUCUCAGCACAGUGAACCAUGAGAUAUGAGAAGUUCACCUUAUAGUCAUGAGGCUGACUUGGGGAUGCUGCCCACAGUUGCUGCCUAGGAUCACCAGAAAGCAUCAUACUGCAUAGCAUGAUCUCAAUUCAAAGAACAGUAUUUUCUGUUUGCAUUUGGGAAGUAAAACCAAACAGUUCACAGUAUUGUCAUAUGAUUCUGAGACUGUAGGAUAGGUGAUGAUUUACUCUGAAGCAGAGAUGGGGCAGUAGUGUUCAGCAUGUACUACAUUCCCUUCAAAAGCAAACGUUCCUUGAGUUUAAUGAGGCUUAAAUUUGCUCCAUCUCAUACAAACUUUUUUAUUUGAAGAUUCAGUGCAUAACUAAAUACUUUCCUUAAUAAUGAAUAUUUUAAAGAAUACAUAAGUAGUUAACAGUUAAUCACUUAAAAUGUUUUCUAAUAUGUGAGUAUUCUAGUUUUCAAUGAAUCACGAAAUUUUUACUCAGCUUAUUUUUAUGUGUCCUAUCUUGUAACUCAAUAAAAUCAUCUUUAAUAAUA